AUGCGUCGCCCACGUUGUCAACACAGUGAUAACGAUUUUAUAGCACGUACACCAUGGAAGAAACAUCACCUGCAAUGGUAUUUUCCUCAAAGAACGGUUGAUGCUCAGAAAGAUGCGGAAAUUGCUUUUCAGAUGUGGCAAAAUGUUUCAAACUUAACAUUUACAAUGGUUACAAUUCCAGGUGUGGAUCCUCCUGAUAUUACCAUAACUAUGGUUAGUAAAACUCAUUAUUUUAGAAGAAAUUGUAUGGGUGGUGAUGAAUGCCCAAGUACAGUAGGUGGAGGUGUUUUAGGGCAUUCUUACUUUCCUACUUCCGGCGAAACAUGUGUAGAAAUCCAUUUAGAUAUAGAUCAGUCCUGGCAUUUUGGGACUGAUUCUGUACCCGAAGGACGUACUAGUUUCCUUAUGGUAUUAGUUCAUGAAAUCGGACAUGCCCUCGGGAUAGCUCAUAGUGCUACUCCAAAUGCUAUCAUGUAUAGCGUCUAUGCAGAUAAGAUUCGUGUUUUACAUGAUGAUGAUAUAAAUGCUGUGCAAUAUUUAUAUGGAGGUAAUAGUAAAUACGCUCCAAUCCCACAGUUCACAACCAUGCAAAUACCAAUAAAUAUCUCAACAACCACAAGACAAGCACCUUCUAGGCAGUCAAUCCACCCACACCAUACAACGCUUUCUACAACUACAACCACAAGACUAGCACCUUCUAGGCAGUCAAUCCACCCACACUAUACACCAAUAACUACAACGAAUGCAACACCGACAAGACAUACAACUCGUAAGCAGCUGAUCCUCAAAAAUUUGUGUGAUAUUAUUCCAGAUUUUAUGUUUCUAGCCACUGCUCCAGAGUUCUCAAAUUAUCGAUUAUAUAUUGCUCAUGACAAAUUUAUAUGGAAACUAGACUUGAAUGACAUGAUUAUUCCAUCUCAACCAGAACUCCUUAUCGAUUAUAUACCUACACAAUUACGUCAGUACACUCUACAACACAUUUUUCAAACAACAAGCGGUGAUUUGGUUACAAUUGUGUCUCCAAACAAAUAUUUCUAA